CCAUUCAUAUUUUUGGGACUGUGUAAAGAGGUGUAUAAUGGCUCCAUUCAGUUUAAUGUCAGUCGGUGCUAAUGUUUUGCUAAAGUCUGUUGGUCUUUUCUCGUAUGCAUCUGUUGUGAGGUGUUCGUGUGUCGUUCCAGUAAUAAAAAGUUUUAGCACUUCGACCGGAGUUGCACCCAAAAGACCCCUCACAGCUUACAUGAAAUAUGUACAAGAGACGCAGCCCAUCAUCGUCAAACAACACCCAGGAGUAAAAAAUGUGGAUAUCGUCCGAAAGAUAGCGCAGCAGUGGCGAGCUCUCACUCCUGAACAGAAGCAGCCGUUUCAGGAUGCGUCUUUGGUAGCUAGAGAGCAAUACAAACUUGAUCUGGAGAAAUACAAAGCUCAGCUCAGUCCUGCACAAUCUGCUGCUAUUGCAGAGGAGAGAAAACAGAAGCUCGCCAAAAGGAAAGCCAUCAGGAAAAAGAAGGAGCUCAAUACUUUGGGCAAACCCAAACGACCCAGGAGUGCGUUCAACAUCUUCAUGGCGGAGCACUUUGAGGAAGCACGAGGAGAUAAUACUCAGGCGAAGUUGAAAUCACUGACAGAUGACUGGCAGAGGCUCAGUGUCACACAAAAACAAAUUUACACACAGUUGGCAGAAGAUGAUAAAGUCCGUUACAAAAACGAAAUCAAAUCGUGGGAAGAGCACAUGACGGAGAUUGGAAGAGAAGAUCUCGUUCGGCGAAAAGAGAGGAGAUCCGUGAAGGCGACAGCCGCGAAGGACGCAAAGAAAUCCAAAGUCACAGUGUUAAAGAAAAAAGCCAUAAAAAAGAAAGCCUCUGAUUCAGAAACAGCUGUGAAAAAGACUGUGAAGAGCAGUAAGAAGUGAGAUGAUGUUUGCUGUAUAAAGGCCAGUACCGUCCUGAAUAAAGACUCUGCUUUCUA